CCCGUAAUCAGACAGUCGAGCCAGCGGCCUGCACCGCGCAGCCACGUCUCGCUCCAGUCAUUUCUCCCAAUCAACUCGAAACGAUCGGACCGCAGGCGGCCUCGCAUCGCGAGCAACAAAUUCGAGGACGGAAGAUGACGCCUCUGCCACGGUGGGUGUUGCUGGCGUCGGUGUUGGCCGUCGUCGGGGCGCAACCCGGCGACAACGCAUGCGUGCACGCGUGCCGUGCACGGGAGAGGAGUCCCGAGAUCACGGGAGUGAUCUGCGACCACCGGCGGAGCGCCGUUCUUCAGUCCGCCGGAGGCCGGUCGCCGAUACAGCGCCUCUCCAGCAUCUGUCUGACGCCGUGUGCUCCCACCAGCCACUACGACGGCUCCGAGGCCUGCCGCGACUUCAGAGAGCUCCUGAUCAGAUCGCGAGCCUGCCUCUGCGACGAUCGGAAAGAUGACAACUCGAGGAGCAUCAGGACCGAGCACUCGAAGAACUUCGAUCGCGUCGAUCAUCGCGAGCUGAGAAGCUUCAAGUCGGCUAUGCUGAAGAAGCUAGCGAUCGCGGACCACUAUCUGGUCCUCGAACCGUUGGAGAACGACAGCUAUCGGUUCCGAGUCGAGAUGAGACCAGACGAGCGGAGAUUCGAGGAUACGAGGUUGUCCGACUUGAAUCUCGAAGGGCCGACCCUAACGGAGUCAACGGAGUCGGACGUUGACUGGGAUAUGUGGUGCAUGGCCCAGUGUGACAAUGGCCGCGGUGGUAGCGCCUGCAACUGUGACCUUAUCCCCUGAAGAGGACGGAGGAGGAUGAAGAACCCGCGGGGCACGAAUUCACAUAUCUCAUAGGUUAGUCUGGCCGAUGGCGCCGAGUAGCGUAAGGUUAGUCUCUUAUCGAACACGUUUCGUUCGUCUUCCGUCUAUCGGUUCCGUGUUUGGUAACCUAUUUUAUCGUUUUAUGGUAAAUCCAUCGAUCGUUUGUAUACAAUGUCCACGAUAAAGGACGAGCUAUCAUCUCGCGGAUCCCGUCGAUCGGUUCCAUCUCCGAGAUCGUGCGUCGAUCGAUUGGAAAGACAUCGGGAUUCCUCUGUUUCCUUCGCGCAGCAUUGAGAUUAUCGGUUAGACGCUUAAUCGCUUCUAGGCUUAAGAGUUCUCUACGCUAGGUCCGGUUCACGCGGGCUCGGCCGGGUCCGAGGUAAACGGCUUACCGGCCAGGAUCCUCGAUGCCGAUAAUCGGGCCCGCCGUUGCGCGUUUAUCGGGAGCUCGUCUCGAUAAGGCGACGCCGGCGACCGACGCAAUUCGCGUGCUAAUCUCGCGAGGAAACGGUGCGCUCGCGUCGGGCCGUGUGAACGGGACACCGACGUGCGAUGUGUGUAUUAUGCAAUAAAUUGAUAUUUAUACGGGAGCGCGAUGCCACGUUGAACGUGCAUCGACGUCUAAGGAUAGUUUGAUACCUGAGAAAUCGCGCCGCCAUCCACGCUCGCGAUAGUAUCCUCCGCGUUUCUUCAUCGGACGCUGGAGGAGUCAUUCAAUUUCUCUGGUGUUCGUCACAUUUUAUUGUCUAAUAUUCAUUUACAAAGACUCUUCUCAUGUUGUAGUGAAGGAUUAAACUGUAGAGGUGUUGAGUAUCUGAAUUCUUCGGCUUUUGCGAGUAUUUUAUCGAACUCGAGAUUCAUUCGAUUACAGUUUUCAUUAAGGGAAUAUGGAAGUUCCUCAGGGCAAUCUUACAGCGCAAUGAAACGAAAUUCAAUCGAAAGCAACGUCGUCCACGAAUAAACGAAAGAGUAAUGUAGUCCAGCCGCGAAAUCUCAGGUGUUCAAACUGCACUGUACCAUAUUAGACUAGCUUUUACAUGACUCCGGAUAAUGGACUCAAGAGAGGCUGCGGGUGUCGUUGCGCCGACACAGGACAACGGAAUGCAAAGCUGUAUGGGAUGUAAAAAGAUUUUAUAUUUUAUUUUCAGCAGAAUGGGAACCUUCGGAUGCUAAAUGAACCUCCAUUGAUUGUAAAUUACUCCAUAGUUACGCGAAGUCGCAUCGACAUCCGCAGAGGUUCGACUAAGAUGUAAGCUAGGUUAAGGAGAACAAAAUCCAUGUCUUCCAUUUUGUAGAUUAUUUGCUGCGCGUGCAACACGCGACUAGGGCGACCGUGCGAGUACUAUUUAUUGUUUAAGCGAUUAGUUGGACAAUGACGAUCGCGACGAGGAGGCCGACAGUUCGAUCGAAUCGAACGAGACGAAUAAAUCCGUCGUGUUCCUCGAGCGACACUGCGUUCGUGUAUUUCUAGUGUGCCGUUAAAAAAAAAGAAGACGUUGUGACGCGACAAUAAGACGUAGAUCGUAGAAUGCCUGCGCGAUGUAACCUCGUUUUCGCCCACUUUUGACUGAUCACAUCCGUCUGACUAGAAUCCUUUAAAAUCGAACUACCGAACACUUUCAACGAUCCGCAAUUGUACGCGAAGGGAACGAGAAGAUAGAAGAUGGCAUCGAAACGAAACUGUCAAAAGUGCGCGAACAACUCAAGCAGAUUAUUACCUGGGCUAUAGUUCUAAGUGACCGUGCAUUGUAAAUAUUUCUACAAUUAAUAUACGCGAUUAAUAAUUGUAUCGGGGAGGAAUCGAAAGCAGUUUCAGGUACGCGGUUUAUAAAUUAUAUCGAAUCAAUUUCUUAAAUCUAUUCGCUUCUAUCUUAAUAUCGUGUUAUUGUACUAUCGAGCGUAACUAGUGUAUAUGGUUGCUGUUAGCAAUCGUAAUUAAUAACGAAGCCUUGGGGAUAUAUUAGGGUGUUCGUUCACUCGGGAAAUUUGGUAAUUCUUCCAUAUCUGGACUUACUUAUACACAUGCGGCGUCUUCAUUGCUAUUGUGAACUUUUUACGCUGAUCAUUGUAAAUGCUGUAUAUAAAUAUAUAUGUAAUAUAAGUAAUCGAUACUAACUUCAUGUUUUGUCAUACGAUCAAUAAAGAAC